CCUCGGUGGAGCAGAGAAGGUUGCGCCUAGCAAACAUGGCUCUUUCGUUGCCGUUAGUGUAUUCUCACAUGCGGACUCCGUCAACUGAGUGUGCUAUGUAGGUACUAGCUUGGCACUGCACUGUACUGUCACAUACCUACAUGCCCAACAUCCUUCAUCUUCAUCCCUCUCUGCUCUUCUUGUCGCGCAUCAACCCGGUUGACUCCGGCGCCCAUUCUUUCUUCAGACUUCCAGCUGCUGGCGGGUAACCAUGUCGAGAUGGGGUUCUACUCUCCUCCACCGCCGGCUCGGCCGUUCAGCGAAGACAAGCCGACACUGCUCAUCUCGUGGUGGAUCACGUCCAUGUGCGCCGUCGUCGUCAUCCUGCGCCUGAUCGGCCGGUACAUACGCGUGGAGACGCUGUUCCGCGAAGACAAGAUCGCCGCCGCCGCCCUGAUCCCGCUCUUCCUGCGCAUGGCCCUCGUCCACCCCGUCCUCCUCUACGGCACCAACAACGUCCUCAUCGACGAGGCACACCCACUUACCGACGCCGAAAUCAACCGGCGCUCUAUCGGCAGCCGCCUCGUGCUUGCCACCCGGAUAGUCCAACCCGCCAUCCUCUGGCUCUUCAAGGCAGCGACGCUCGCCUUCUUCGACCGGCUGGUCGGCAUCUCGGGCCGCAGCCGAUACACGCUGCUGCUGCGGAGCACGCGGGUUGCGCUGGCCGCCACCUUCGUCGCCGUCUUCGUGGCCGACCUGGCCGAGUGCCGGCCGGGGGGUCCGGGCCGGGCGUGGCAGGUGGUUCCCGACCCGGGGCCGCGCUGCCGGCAGGGGAGCGCGUACCUGGUGACGGCGGCGGCGGCGGGGGCGCUGACGGACCUGCUGCUGGUGGUGCUGCCCGUGCCCGUGGUCGCGCGCAGCCGGCUGUCGGCGGGGCGCAAGACGCUCCUGUGCCUGCUGUUCUGCCUGCACCUCGUCACCGCCGCCGUCUCCGUCUGCCGCGUCCCCGCCGUCCUCGACGAGGGCGGCUACCAGGCGACGCGCACCAUGUGGGCCAGCGUCGAGGUCCUGGCGGCCACCUUCGCGGCCAACGCGCUGACCAUCGGCACGUUUGUGCGCGACACGGGCGCCAAGAAGACGAAGCGGUUCCGGUACCCGGCGCCGGCCGGGUGGGCGGCCGAUGGCGAGUCGGAGGUGGCGGUGCGGAGCGGCGGGGCCCGCUCGAGGAGAGGAGGAGGAGGAGGUAAGAAGGUCUCCUGGGACGAUCCCGACUCGGACGACGAGGAGGACGAGGUCAGGGCGGUCCGGGCGAUGCCUUCUACUACUACUCUUCUUAUUACUACUACUACUACUACUGCUACGGGGAGGGAAGCGGAGUACCCGCGGGGGACAGACGACGACACGAAGCAGGCGGCGGUGCUCGACGAUGACCGGGAGAGAGCCGGUUCGCGGACGGAAAGCGUCGACUCGCUGAUUCCCAGGAACCGGGCCAACACUCCGGCGGCGGAUGCCGGCGGGGUUGUCAGGACUACGACCAUUGAAGUCAGUGUUUCGUCGGCGGCGGCGGCGGCGGAGCGGGGUGGGCGCGCCGAUGGAGAGCCACACGCCGGGCUGAUGCUCAGGCCCGCGGAAGCCGUUGUGACGGUCAGCGCCAAAGGUCACGGCCGAGGCUCGAGCAUCCCGUUGCAAAAGUUGGAUCCUCUGCCUGACAUGGAUGUUGAUCACAACAAGGGUGGACCGCGCAAUGCUUAGGGAGGUUCAUGAUCGAAUCGAUUAUUCGGAUGUGUUAACAAUACUUAGCCAUGAGCUAUUAUUGUGUUUUACUCUAUAGGUAACAUAGUUGGAUUGCCUGUGCUCAACGCCCGUCUUCCCGUGUCG